GAAGCAUCGAUUUUAAAGUGUUGUAGAAAAUAUGGGCAGUGUUCUUAGUAAGGCCGGCGAUGGCAUUGGAAAUGCAUUUGCAGCUCCUUUCAAGGCCGUUCUACAAGGAUCUUGCGACGACGUGUGCGCCGGAGUUUGGGAUGUCUCAUGCUUCAUCACUCACCUCUGCGUGUCCGAUUUGAUGAAGUUGUUCAUGAUUCUGAUUCUAUGUUACAUAACUUUGUUGUUCUUUUACAUGUUCUUCAAACUGGGGAUAUGCCAAUGCUUAGGGAGGACUAUCUGCGGAGUGUACUGCUCAACUUGUAAGGCUUACUGGUCUGCAAUGGGGUGUUUGGCAUGUUUCCUCUGGCAUAAACUCACACACGUCGAGCGCGUAAACAGGCGGCACCGCCUCCGGCACCGCUUUCUCGACAUCGAAUCUGGCGGCGAUUCCACCUUUGGCGGCUCUUUUGCCGCUAACGGUGGAGUCAGCGUCUCUUCCAAACGUGGCCGACGUAGCCGCCGCCGCCGCCAACGCCGCCUUUGUAUGGGCGGAGGAGAAAUUGGGGUUCGGAUUCAUGGGCGGCGUGUUGGGUCAACGAGGAGGAAGAAGAAGUUAAGAGAUCAUCGUCGUCGUCGUCAUCAUCAUGGUGGGAGAAAGGACGACAUUGUUGUUCUUGGCCCCAAGAUGGCAUCUUUCAAAAGAAGACGCAUUGUUGCAUAAUAGGAGCGAUGCCCAUAACAAUGUGAAAUUUUGUACAUGCUUUUUCUUUUACAUGAUGAAUGAAAUUUGCUAGGACUA